GCGGCGGCGGCGGCGGCGGGGAUUGUUUUUGUUGUCGCUGAGGCCGGAAGAGCCGUGGGAGCCGGGUCCCUGUCCCCGGGCUGGGCGCCGCCGCCGCCCCCUACCCAGCGCCCGCGUCUCCGCGGCGCACCCCCCCAGCGCCAAUAUUCCGGAGAUCAAGCGUUACGCGGCGGCGGCGGCGGCGGCGGGGCCCGGAGCGGGAGGCGCCGGGGACCGGGGCGAGGCGGCCCCCGCCGCCGCCAUGGAGGCGCUGGGACCCGGACCUCCAGCCAGCCUGUUUCAGCCACCUCGUCGUCCUGGCCUUGGAACUGUUGGAAAACCAAUUCGACUGUUAGCCAAUCAUUUUCAGGUUCAGAUUCCUAAAAUAGAUGUGUAUCACUAUGAUGUGGAUAUUAAACCAGAAAAGCGGCCUCGGAGAGUCAACAGAGAGGUAGUAGAUACAAUGGUGCGGCACUUCAAGAUGCAAAUAUUUGGUGACCGGCAGCCUGGCUAUGAUGGCAAAAGAAACAUGUACACAGCACAUCCACUGCCAAUUGGACGGGAUAGGGUUGAUAUGGAAGUGACCCUUCCAGGUGAGGGUAAAGACCAAACCUUCAAAGUGUCUGUUCAGUGGGUAUCAGUUGUGAGCCUUCAGUUGCUUUUAGAAGCUUUGGCUGGGCACUUGAAUGAAGUCCCAGAUGACUCAGUACAAGCACUUGAUGUAAUCACAAGACACCUUCCCUCCAUGAGGUACACUCCGGUGGGUCGUUCUUUUUUCUCACCUCCUGAAGGUUACUACCACCCUCUGGGAGGGGGCAGAGAGGUUUGGUUUGGCUUUCAUCAGUCUGUGAGACCUGCUAUGUGGAAUAUGAUGCUCAAUAUUGACGUGUCUGCAACUGCUUUCUACCGAGCUCAGCCUAUCAUUGAGUUCAUGUGUGAGGUUUUAGACAUUCAGAACAUCAAUGAACAGACCAAACCGCUAACAGAUUCCCAGCGUGUCAAGUUUACCAAAGAAAUCAGAGGUCUUAAAGUUGAGGUGACCCACUGUGGACAGAUGAAACGAAAAUAUCGAGUUUGUAAUGUGACUAGACGGCCAGCCAGUCAUCAAACUUUUCCUUUACAGCUAGAAAAUGGUCAAGCUAUGGAAUGUACAGUAGCUCAGUAUUUUAAGCAGAAGUAUAGUCUGCAACUGAAAUACCCCCAUCUUCCCUGUCUCCAAGUGGGACAAGAACAAAAACAUACAUAUUUGCCACUUGAGGUCUGUAAUAUCGUGGCAGGACAGCGAUGUAUAAAGAAGCUCACAGACAAUCAGACUUCCACAAUGAUCAAAGCUACAGCAAGAUCCGCUCCUGACAGACAGGAAGAAAUCAGUAGACUGGUGAAGAGUAACAGCAUGGUGGGUGGACCGGAUCCAUACCUUAAAGAAUUUGGUAUUGUUGUCCACAAUGAAAUGACAGAGCUCACAGGCAGGGUACUUCCAGCACCAAUGCUGCAAUACGGAGGCCGGAAUAAAACGGUAGCCACACCCAACCAGGGUGUCUGGGACAUGCGAGGAAAGCAGUUUUAUGCUGGCAUUGAAAUUAAAGUUUGGGCAGUUGCUUGUUUUGCGCCUCAGAAACAAUGUAGGGAAGAUUUACUAAAGAGUUUCACUGAUCAGCUCCGUAAAAUCUCUAAGGAUGCAGGAAUGCCUAUCCAGGGUCAGCCCUGUUUCUGCAAGUAUGCACAAGGUGCAGACAGCGUGGAGCCCAUGUUCAAACACCUGAAAAUGACCUACGUGGGCCUACAGCUAAUCGUGGUUAUCUUGCCUGGGAAGACGCCAGUGUAUGCGGAGGUGAAACGUGUUGGAGAUACCCUCCUGGGUAUGGCCACACAGUGUGUCCAGGUAAAAAAUGUAGUGAAGACCUCACCCCAAACCCUUUCCAACCUUUGCCUGAAGAUAAAUGCAAAGCUCGGAGGAAUUAACAAUGUGCUUGUACCUCAUCAAAGGCCCUCGGUGUUCCAGCAGCCUGUCAUCUUCCUGGGAGCGGAUGUCACGCAUCCCCCAGCAGGGGACGGGAAGAAGCCUUCCAUUGCUGCUGUCGUUGGCAGUAUGGAUGGCCACCCCAGCCGGUACUGUGCCACUGUUCGGGUGCAGACCUCCCGCCAGGAGAUUUCCCAGGAGCUCCUGUACAGUCAGGAGGUAAUUCAGGACCUCACUAACAUGGUUCGAGAGCUGCUGAUCCAGUUCUACAAGUCUACACGCUUCAAACCCACUCGGAUCAUCUACUACCGUGGAGGGGUAUCAGAGGGACAAAUGAAACAGGUCGCCUGGCCAGAGCUAAUAGCAAUUCGAAAGGCAUGUAUUAGCUUGGAAGAAGAUUACCGGCCAGGAAUAACCUACAUUGUGGUGCAGAAGAGACACCACACACGACUUUUCUGUGCAGAUAAAACAGAAAGGGUCCCCGAGUUCACAUUUGAAUUUGAUGGAAUGAGACUUUUCUGUACUCAUAGAUGUUCCUGUACGCAUUGGUGCACAAUUCAGCUGAAGGUGGGGAAAAGUGGCAAUGUACCAGCAGGUACUACAGUGGAUAGCACCAUCACACAUCCAUCCGAGUUUGACUUUUACCUCUGUAGUCAUGCAGGAAUUCAGGGAACCAGCCGUCCUUCACAUUACCAGGUCUUGUGGGAUGACAACUGCUUCACCGCCGAUGAGCUCCAGCUCCUAACUUACCAGCUAUGUCACACAUAUGUGCGGUGCACGCGCUCAGUCUCCAUUCCAGCCCCUGCAUAUUAUGCCCGGCUUGUAGCUUUCAGGGCAAGGUAUCAUCUGGUGGAUAAAGAUCAUGACAGCGCGGAAGGCAGUCAUGUGUCAGGACAGAGCAAUGGCCGGGAUCCUCAGGCCUUGGCCAAGGCUGUGCAGAUCCACCAUGAUACGCAGCACACGAUGUAUUUUGCCUGAGAGUCUCAGAAAAAGAACUCAACCAAUUUGGCACCCCAUGCAGCCUCAAAAUGUUUCAAAUGCCUACCGCCUCUAGAGAGAGCCAAGUUGACUUCAGGUGGUCUUCUACCAGCAACUCGGAAUAGUAGCACUGAAUCUAUACUUCACAGCACUGUCUGAUGCAUCAACAAAAUUGAGCCAUUUUUUAAAAGUAAUAGAUACUCAUAGAUUGUCUUUUCUGAUGCACUGGACUGAAUUUUUACCUCAUCAUGCAAAGGCUGAUCAGCCUGAACUUCCUUAAGGACUUUACAAGAAAGGUUUCUAUGGAAUAUUUUGCUAGCUGUGGUGUUCACCGCAUCCCUCUAGUCUUAUAAGAGAAGAUUAUUCCUUGUUUUCUGUACUCAUUGAGUGGGGUGUAUGCAUAAGUGGGAGAGAAAAACCAAACAAUCUACUUCAGUUCAGCGUAACUUUUUAAUUGUGUGGGUCCAUAGACUUUUUAAUGGAGAUUUCUGACUUUGCCACUGUAAAUGCCUUUAACGAGCAUUAAUUUUUGAAAGUUUUACAGAGUUUUAUUAGUUUUCCUACUUUAUCUUCUUGAUCUCUACAGACUUGUGCUGGUGCAAGUACAGGCUGCCAGGCAGUUGCUCUAUAUUUGGCUGCAAAUUCAGACCGGCAGUUCUCUUAUUUGCUUGACUUUUGUGAAUGUGUAGCACAAACAGAUAUAAUGCAUGUCAUGGUGACAGAUAACACUGCCAAGGUAAAAGUACUCAUGUUUCCCCCUCUUUGAAAAAAAAAUUAGCUUUUAGUAUUUUUCAAAGUUUUCAAAAGUGCCCAUUUUAUGCUGCUCUGUGGUUUCUUAGAUCUAAAUGAUUUUUAAACGUUUCUCAUAGAAAAUUAACUUUGGCAAUAAGCAUUUUUUUAAGGUCCCUUCACUUCCUCCCCCAACAAUGUAGUUUUCUAGAUGAGAUUUCAGUAUGAUUUUAUCAGCUGUUUCUUAAAGAUCAUAAUCUGGCAAUUUCUGAAACUGGUCAGAAAAGACAUAUAUUUCCAUGACUUUAAAGAAUUAUUUUUAUCUGUUUUAUAGUCACAGUUGGUGUCCUGUCACUAUGUUUUAAAAUAAGGUAGAACCACGAUGCUUCCUUAUCGGAUAGGCUUUGCCAAUCCUUAAGGUACAUUGAGCGAUGCUGCGACCUGCACAAAUGUACCAGCAUUUAAAACUUUUUUUCCCGGGAAUCAAGGUUACUCACACAGUCAUGUGCAGUGCAGAUUUUUUUUGCUUCUCUUUCAACCUGAAAUGUACUUGGUGGGGUUUCCUUCCUUUCACUAAACUACAACUGCAUAGAAAAGGUUGAUCUUUCUUAAUAGAUUCUAGAUCCCGCUCGCAAGGAGAUGGGUUCCUUUCUUGUCCAAACAAAGGGAGCUGAUCUAAAGCAAGCAUCAGUGAAAAUGUAGGGAAAAAAUGUAUUUUGUAUUUAGUGUAGAUAACACUUUGUGAAUGGACAACAGUUACAUAGAGUCUUGGUAGUUCCAGCCAGUGUUUCCCAGCCCAGAUUUUACUGACUUGUGAUUCUCUAUCCUGGAACCUCAGAAGUGAGAGCUGGAGAAGGGGAUAAAAGCCCCAGAGCCACAGUCUGUAUGGCUGAGGAAGGUGCUGGUGGAAGAGACAGACACAAUGUGGGAAAACGAUUUUGCCCCUUCUGUCUGGAAACUGCUGGUGGGGAAACACUGGAUCUGAUGGUGAAGGGUGUUUGCUUGAACUCAUUAGCCGGUCCAAAUCUCUUAAACUAGCCUUCUCAAAAUCCCAGCAAUACAAAGCACUGUUUUUCUUCAGUCUUUUAAAGAAGCUUGCAAAUACAUUGAAGUUUACAUUUCCAUGUGCUGUUGAUCAGCAGCACCACCCAUGUUUGCUGAGACUGGUCUCUGAGAGUUCUAUAAUGUAUAUUGAGUCCUGUAGCUCAUUAAGACGACUGCAGACAUCCUUAUUCUCCACAUAUAGUGGGAUGAAAGCAAGCUCUGUAAUUGAGGCACAACACAGGCAGGAGUGAAGAGAUGGCAGAUGUUAAUUUCUUACGAUUUUCCUUUUCUGCAAAUACCUCACUUGGAUACUACAAAUCAGGACAUGUUGGUGAGCCAGAGCUGCUGCUUUUAUUCACACUUGUUCAGGGAGAGCUCAGAAAAUACCCUUCAGCAUGGCCACCCUGGACCCAAGAGGAGGAAACAACAGGAGCUUCUUUAGGAGAAGGAGGACUGAUUGGCGUCCAGGCUGUGAAGAACUCUUGGUGGUUGGCUGGCUGGCCGGCAGGCUCAACGCCUGCACUUGAGUGCCUGGGGCUUGCUUGUUCACGCACAGAAGUUCACUUCUCAUCAUCUCCUGGCAUGGAUGGAGCAGGGAGCAAGGCGGAGUGCCAGGCAGCCCUGAUUUGCUUGCCGGCAGUUGGGCUAUAUGCUUGACCUUGAACUAUACAGUUUGUACAACCUCAGUCAGUCCACUGGGGCAAAUCAGCGUGGUGGUGGAGGAAAAGCCGGGAGGCCUAUUUUUUAUAGGAAACAGUACCUUUAAGGGGGCAAAUGCUCUCGUUUUGGAUGAAAGGAAAGAAAUAUGGAAGAACUAGGAUUAUUGGGGGGAAAAAAAAGCCUGCUGAGGGGAUGAAUCUUGAAGAGGUAAUCACUACAGAAUCAGAGUUGCAGCAAUACUAUUGCAAGCAAGUCUGAAUGCAUAAUUUCAAUUUGGCUUGAUGAUUUGAAUACCAUAACCCCUUGGGACUGACUGAAUCAUUAUGCAUGUGUCAAUCAAUGGGAGGUGUGCAUUCUCUAGAAGUAGAUUUAGGCUGUUUGGUUUUUUUUGUUGUUGUUUUUUUAAUGCAGCCUGUUUAGGCACUGUCAUGUGGUGUGAAAGAUUGAAAUGUAGCAGUGCUAAAGAGUAACAAUUAGGGGAUGGGAAGCAGGGGCAUUGGGAGAGUGGUGAAGAUCCAAAUGUUGAACCAAUUAUGUUUUCUUAUUGUCGUUAGCUGUUGAACCCUGAGUGGUUUCUAAAGUGAACUAGCUGGCUUAGUGCAGCUAGAGUCUGGGCAGGUAGAACAUAUUCAUUCUUACUAUAAAUUUUAUUUGCUGCUUCCAAAGGUGAUGAUUUACAGGUUCUAUAUGGUCUGUACUUUAGGAUCUGGUGCCCAGCCUAUGUCAGAGCUUCUCUACCUGGCUCAGCUAACUACCCUUCCUGUGGGAAAAGGCAACCCACUGCUUAAGAAGGCUCACCCGCUCCGCCCUGCCCUAGCAACCCUUUGUGGAUGUGCUGUAAGAUUUUCUUGCUCAAUAGCAAGGUGGGAGCUCUGCUUUCAUUUUAAGAAAGUGGAGGCUGAGGGCGUUGCAUCAAUACUGCUUGAACUCCAGGGAUUUUUCCUUAUCGAAUUAAAGGGAAGAUCUUGUUACUGAUUAACCAUUUUCUUAUCCCUUGCUAUUGACAUUCAUGCUCUUUCUAUGUCUAGUGGCUGAAAAUGUUUGCAUUUGUUCAUUUGACUAAUGGUGUAAGUUUGGUUUCUAUAUUGUUAGACCUGUAAUGUUUUAAAAAAAUGUAUUUUAUUAACUUUGGACUGGAUGUAUGUCUCUAGCAAUACGAGGUACUUUCUAAACUAUUAAAGGAGAGGUGGUAUCCCCAUGUUGAGAUAUGAUGGUUGUUUAAAUUUUGCGAUUUUUUUUUUGGCCUGCAGGGAUAUUUUGUGUUCUUGUGUCCAAAAGAGAAUAAAUUGGCAUUCUUGUGCCAAAA